AUGCAGAAAAAUCAGCAACAUUUCGUUCGACCUUGCGCGGUUUUUGUCGAACGAUUGAAUGAUUCGUUUAUUUCCUCGAAACGUUACAAAGUCGAUGCUGACAUCAUCUAUCGUCCACUACACGAUCAUACAUCGAAUCCACACGAUGAAUUAUCUGUCGAUGUCUUAAUGCUACCAAAUAAUAAAGUCAAAAUCUCAUCGUCGUCGACAUUCGAAGAUAUACCAACAUCCCAAACAAGUACUAACGAUGAUACGAAACCGAUUGUACGCAUACGUCCACAUCAAUCAUCAAUUGAUUCGAUGGAUUAUGAGACACCACAGCCAACAACAGCGGCAGCAACAACAACAACAACGACAACGAAACGUAACAGUACUCAAGCAACGACAUCACGUUCGUCGAAUAAAUUUGAUAAUGAUUCUUAUUUAUUCAAUGGCACAUUCGAUUCUGACGAUGAACUUGGAAUGGAUUUGAAUGACGAUGAAUUAGCGUCGAUUCAUCGUGUUCUAGAUUUCGACGAAGAUGAAAUGUCCAACUUCGAUGAAGACAAUGCACAUUUGUCAUCAACCGGUGGACCUGGAUACCAUGCUGCUCAAUUACCCGAUUUAGUCAUGGGUUCAUUACGAGCUGAUAGCGAUGUCAAAUUCGAACCUUCGUUUCAGUAUAGUGAUUUAUUUAAUCGUAAAGGACGUACAUUUGUAUGUGAUGAACGAGGCAACCGUGUUGUUUCCGUCAAACUUGAUAAAAACUCGGCGAAACGUUUAAUUGAUGCGAUUGAAAGAAAUCUAGGACGAUUAGUACUCGAAGAAUGUCGUCGUGGUGAUUUACAAGCACAUAUUUUAAAAGUUGUUUUCAAAGAUGAGCAAGAAUUUUUCGAUUUUAACCGUUCAGCAAUUGUAUCCAAGCAUUCAUUUAAACAAUGUCCCGAAAUGUAUAUGAGAUUCAUUGAAAGUCUCUUCGAAUCGCAGUCGUAUCCAAAUGAGAAUGAGAAUGAUCCGUUAGGAACUGAUGAAGGUGAUCAAAUGAGUCAUUCCUAUUGUUGUAAAGUACACGAAUGUGGAGAAGCAUAUACAACAAAAUCUGAAGCGAUAAAACAUGCAAAGAAACAUGCUGAACUUGAUCCAUUCGAUUUUGUUUGCGAUCAUUGUGGAAAGAAAUUUCUCGGUAUAGCAAACAUGAAACGACAUUUACGUGUUCACAUGGGUAGUGAAGGCAAAGAUUUUGCUUGUCCACUAUGUCAUUACCGCGGUUGUACAACUACACAUGUAAAACGUCACAUGGCACAUAAGCAUUUAGAAAAAUCGAUUCCAUGUCCUUACUGUUCGUUCAUGGCUGCAACCAAUGCCGAUCUGAAAAUUCAUAUGGCUCGUCGACAUUGGGAUAUCGAAGGACUUGAUAUUCUUAAUAACUUACCAAAAACAUAUAAAAAAGAAUGGAAAUGCAACAAAUGUGAUACUGUGUUUCAUGAUUAUUCGGACUUUCAAAAUCAUAUCUAUAGUCAUUCAAGUCAAACAAACAAAUUUCAGUGUAAUCUGUGUCCAUACAAUUGUAAAAGUUUUUCAAAAUUGAAACGUCAUAUGCUCUAUCAUCAAGGACAACGAAAUUAUGAAUGCCCUAAAUGUAAUAACAAAUUUUAUCAAAUGGAACAUCUUAAGCGCCAUUUAACAUCCAUACAUAAAUUAAAUAUUCCGCAAAUUGGACGAGGAAAUCGAUUAUUUGGAUCAGAUCUUCUGAAACGCAAUUCGGAUAUGCCGAAUAUAGCACCACCCCAUGGCACUGUUCCACAAUGUUACAAAGUUAUAUCGAAAUGUGUGUUUACUUGUCAGAAAUGUCCUUUCUCCACGACAAAACUCUACCAUUUGAAUGAACAUGUCAAAAGCGAACACUUACAAUUGGAUGAUUCAGCACAUGUGUGCACGUUCUGUUCGUAUAUAACAGAUAAAAAAACAAAUUUAAAACGACAUUUACAUCAUAAUCAUGCUGGACAAUCGAAUACACCUGUUCUCUUAUCCAAUGACGCACUUCUCUCAAAUCCGAACACGAAAUUUCAAUGUGGAUUAUGUCGUCGAUAUCAAAGUAAUGUAGACGAAUUCAUUAAACAUAUCACGGAAAAGCAUCGAAUGGAUGUAGUCAUUCUUGAUUCAGCGAAUAACGGAAACAUUCAUCAACAAAUCAAGUCGCGCGGUCGCGCAGAGUUAAUCUGCGCCAGUAAUAACACGACACCAUUUCGAUUCGACGAGUUCGGCGGUCUUGUCACGGUGAUGAAAAAUCCCGGAGCGACGAAUGAUAUGAAUAUAGAUCAAGCCACAAUUGCUGAUCAAAACAAUCCAACAAAUUCAGUGUCGACAGCGAGUUCAACGACCGACUUUUUACUUCCGCAAUAA